AUGACACAGAAGCUGGAAUCUCUACAAGUGUCAUAUGUUAAUGCCACUGCUGUGAAAAGGAUCUUGGAGGCCAACCUUACAGAGCUGCAACAGGAGCAAAUGAAGAGCUGUGCACCUGGCUGGGAGUAUUUCAAGAGAAAGUGCUACUACUUCUCCACUGAUGUGAUGAACUGGACUGAUAGCAGAGAUGCCUGUGUGACUAUGGGAGGACACCUGCUUAUCCUGAACAGUGAAGCAGAAAUGGAUUUUGCGAGGGAUAAUGGAGCAGGAUUCUGGAUUGGCCUAUCUGAUCUUGAUGAGGAGGGCACUUUUCGCUGGGUAGACGGAACAUUGCUCACCAACAGCUACUUGACCUGGUCACCAGGCCAGCCAAACAACUGGAAGAAUCAGGACUGUGCUGUGUUUUUGGAAAGUGAUUCAUUUCUCGGUGAUGACAGUUGUGACAAGCUGCACUUUCGAAUCUGUGAAUCAAAUUGUGAUGUUUGAGUUGAACUUCAACUUUCAGUGGGACUAUACAAUACUGUUUUAUUUCAUUUUAAUUUGAUUUCA